GUGAGGCAUUCGCAAAGACGUUGGCCCAUCUGCCAGUCGGUGUCUCAAGUGCCGGAUGCGAGCAAGUCGCCGGGAGGAUCGACGAAGGGAGGAAAAGAAGACGGCUUUUCAAAGAGGAGUCCGCUUGCUAUUUCGGCUGCGCUGCGGCCAGGGAGUGUCUCGCUCGGGAGGGCUUUCUGACACAAAGAGGGCCGCCCACCUCGUCGUGUGUAAAUCCUGGAUAUCAAUUUGCCUCAGUGCUGAGAUUACUGCCCUUUUGAAAAAAGAAACACCAAACUUAAACACUGUGCUUUCUUCAAACGCGACCCUCCAAUUUCCAGGAAUGAAAGUCACGUGUUGAAAAAAACUUGGAUGUCUUUCCAAUCCCAUUGAAUCAACAUGAAGCCGUUGACUCCCAUUGGAUCGCCGUCCCCCCUUCGGCUCCUCAACAAGGGUCCGGACUACCUGCGGCGGCAGAUGGACGCCGGGGGCCACGGUCGAGCGAUCAGCGCUGUCGAGAGGCUGGAGGCGGACAAGGCCAAGUACGUCAAGAGCCGGCAGGUCAUCAACGCCAAACAGGAACCCGUGUCGGUGCUGUGCGCCACCCCGCCGCCGCCGCCCCGAAGGCUUUUCGCCAGUCCCCAACUCCCCCCGCGGCAUUUCUCCAGCACCCCCUUCUCCACUCUCUCUCGAUCUUUUUCCUCCGGGGACGAAAAUGAAAACGACGACUCCAGAAAGGAGAAUCAACAGUCUGCCGUCGACCUCGAGGCUCAUAACAACGCUCUGAACCGGAAGCCAGCCAGUCCCAGAACGCCCGCAUUUAGCACCCUGGUGACGCCGCGCAGCGCCCCCGUCCUCCGCAGGAGCACCGGCAAGCGCAUGCUGAGACCCGACUCGCUCGUCAUCUACCGGCAGAAGAAAGAGUGCAAGAGUCCCAACGGCGAGAACGGCAGCGCCGAGCUGAAAGGAUACGGCUUCGUCCGCCGCCUCUUCCAGGGCUCCGUGAGGGAGAAGGGUGGCGGCGGCGGGGUCCACAAGAUGGUCAUCGGUGAGGAGAAAGCGCCCUCGCGGGAUGGAGACUCCCGCAUGUCGUGGACUAACGAUAAGGACACGGGAGACGGCGGGCCGGGAAGCAGGAGGUCCAGCAAAACGGACCAGGAACACGGCCCGGGGUCCGUCACCGGCCCGGGGUUGACCUCUCCACUAGACCAGACCAGCGACGGAUCGAAAGGCACCGCGGAUGACGGCACGGACGAUAACGGUCCGUGGAGACGGGCGUCGCCGCAACCUUCAUCCCGCAGGAGUCAGCGCGGGGGCCUGCACCGUUCUAAAUCGGACCUGCAUCUGGACCGCUCCGGUGCCCGUUCCGAGCAGGAGCGGUUCUUUGACUUUUGCGGCCUGGACGCGGACCUGAUCGAGCGCCUCGGCCGGGAGAACUUCCUGUCUGGCGCCAGCUCCGUCGACACGCUUUCGCUGGCUCUGCGCAGCGUUGCCGGGGACGGCGGCACAGAGCCCAGCGAGUUCUCCCGCCACUCCGGAGACGGCUUGUUCCGGGAGGAGCUGGCCGAGAAGCCCCCCGCCGGCGUCUCCAUCAUAGAGAGGAACGCUCGGGUCAUCAAGUGGCUCUACGGCUGCAAAAACGCUGCCUGUGAAGGACCCAGGGAGUCGACGGUUUGAUCCAGAAGACCGUCUCCGUUCGAGGACGAUUUGCAGUCGCUUUGGUGGGCACGUGGUUCACACCAGCAACUUGGCGGUCGCUCCUUUGAAAAACUUUUUUUCCCCAAAUGACUCCCGUCAAAACUAUUUAUGCAUCUGACCGAAAGCUCCUCUUCAAAUGGAUUGAUUCCAGAUGCACAAUCUGGAACAGAACUGGAUUCUGAACUGGCACAUAGCUAUAAUUGUCUGCUCGCGUUGACACCGGAGACUAAACGAGUGGAAAAAUGCUGCGUGAAGCGAGCCAUGAGUACCUCAUUUUCUUUUUUAUUAUCUUUUUUUUAACGCAGGCGUUGAAUCAAACAUGCAAGACUCCCCUGUGGGGUUGUUAAUGUACUGAAAUGAAAUUGGGAGAGAGAGAAGGGGGCUGGGGGGGUUGGGGGGUGAUUGAUUGACUUUAUUUUUAUAUACACUGUCCUGAUAAUGUCUUGUGACAUCAUUGAUUAUCACUCAGGAUUACAGGGAACCUCUGGAAAAA